UGUCCCCGCGGUGCCUGGGGUCUUGUCCCCACUGUGUCCCCCCUGUUCCCGCAGGCCGCUCCAUCACUGACCCCCGUGCACCGCGCCGGUUACUGCGCGUUCUACGGCGAGUGUGGCCGCAACCCAGAGGUGAACGUGUCCCUGGUGCCGUCCAACGUGCCGUGUCUGUCCAACACGCCGGCGCGCGAGGCCACCGGCGCCUUCCUGUCCCUGCUGCAGGCCGUCUGCCCCGACCUGGUGCAGAACGGCAGCGAGACGGCGCUGGUCUGCUGCAAUUUGGCGCAGCUGAGCUCCCUGCGGCUCAGCGUGGCCCUGUCCGGCACCGUCCUGGCGCGCUGCCCGGCCUGCGCCAGGAACUUCGCCAACCUGCACUGCCACAACAUCUGCAGCCCCAACCAGAGCCUGUUCACCAAUGUCACCCGCGUCGUCAACCACACGGAGACCGGCCAGCUGGCCGUGGUGGAGUACCAGUGUUUUUACGGGCAGGAUUACGCCGACGCCUCGUUCUCCUCGUGCCAGGGCGUGCGGCUGCCGGCAACGGGCGGCUACGCCAUCGACACCAUGUGUGGGCGCUACGGCGCCCGGCUCUGCACCACGCAGCACUGGCUGGACUUCCAAGGGGACAAGAACAACGGGCUGGCGCCGCUGCAGAUCGACUUCCAGCUCAUCCCCAAUGGCACCGACCCUGGCGACGGCAUCGUGCCGCUGGCCGGCCGGGCCUGGAGCUGCGACCAGACGCCCAGCGCCAGCGAGGAGCCGUGUUCCUGCCAGGACUGCGCCAAAUCCUGCCCGCUGGUCACCGCCCCGACCGCCCCGCCACCCCCUUUACAACUUGGCAGAGCCGACGGCGCUUUGGUGCUGGGCGCAGUCCUCUUCGGCAUCUUUGCCUUCAUCUUCAUCAUGGCUGUGCUGUGCCGGUGCCGGAGAUCCAAGAAGGGUUCUAUGCAGCAACCGGCUCCGGCACCAGCCAAGGGGUGCUCGGCACGGCUCGGCAACGCCAGCCACCGCAUCCUGUCCAUGGCGUUCCGCCGCUGGGGCACGCUGGUGGCCACGCACCCGUGGCCGGUGCUGGCGGUGGCAGCGGUGGUGGCAGGGGGUCUGUCAGCUGGUUUGGUGACCCUGCGCCUCACCACCGACCCCGUGGAGCUCUGGUCGUCACCCAACAGCCGCACCCGGCAGGAAAAGGUGUUCUACGACCAGCAUUUCGGGCCGUUCCUCCGCACCAACCAGGUGAUCGUGACGGCGCCGGGGGCGCCCAGCAGUGGCUACAACUCGGUGUUGUUCGGCGCCAAGAAUUUCAGCGGGGUGCUGUCGGAGCCGGUGCUGCAGGCGCUGCUGGAGCUGCAGGAGCAGCUCGUGGCCACCACAGUGCAGGUUGGGGACCGGGAGGUGACACUGAGUGACAUUUGCUACGCACCCCUGAACCCCGCGGCGCCAACGUUGGGCGACUGCUGCGUCAACAGCGUCACCCAGUAUUUCCAGAACAACAGCACCCGCCUGAGCGCCACGGCCACCCAGAACGACGGGGACACCGUGGGGACUGUGGAUUGGCGUGACCACUUCAUCUACUGCUCCAACUCCCCACUCUCCUUCAAGGACAUCACGGCGCUGGAGCUGAGCUGCAUGGCGGAGUACGGCGGCCCCGUCUUCCCCUACAUCGCCGUCGGCGGCUACUCUGACUCGGAGUACACGGAGGCGGAGGCGCUGAUCAUCACCUAUUCCCUCAACAACUUCCCCCGCGACGACCCGCGGUACCAGUGGGUGCUGGGCUGGGAGAGCCGCUUCCUCGAGGUGGUGGGCGAAUUCCAGCGCACCCACAGCCCCAACCUCUCCGUUGCCUUCAUGGCUGAGCGGUCGCUAGAGGACGAGAUCAACCGCACCACGGGCGAGGACAUCCCCAUCUUCACCAUCAGCUACCUCGUGGUCUUUGCCUACAUCGCGCUGGCGCUGGGCGAGUACACAACCUGCAGCCGCAUCCUGGUGGAUUCGAAGGUGACGCUGGCGCUGGGGGGCAUCGCCGUGGUGCUGGGGGCGGUUUUCGCCUCCAUGGGGUUUCUGGCAGUGCUGGGUCUGCCGUCGUCCCUCAUCAUCCUCGAGGUUGUGCCCUUCCUUGUCCUGGCCGUGGGUGCUGACAACAUCUUCAUCUUCGUGCAGGAGUACCAGCAGUCGCAGCGGGAGCCGGGAGAGACGCGGGAGCAGCACAUCGGGCGGGUGCUGGCGCAGGUGGCCCCCAGCAUGUCGCUCUGCAGCCUCUCCGAGGUCAUCUGCUUCCUCCUGGGUGCGCUCUCCUCCAUGCCCGCCGUGCGCACCUUCGCCCUCACGGCCGCCCUGGCCAUCGCCUUCGACUUCCUGCUCCAGAUGUCGGGGUUCGUCGCCCUCCUGGCACUCGAUGCCCGGCGGCAGGAGGCUGCCCGCUUUGACCUGUGCUGCUGCUGCUCGCCGGAGAAGAAGGGCCCCAGGGGGAAAGGGGCUUGGUCGCUGGGCCUGCUGCUGCGCCGCUACUACACCCCCGUGCUGCUGCACCCCCUGGCACGGCCCGUCGUGGUGCUGCUCUUCCUCUUCCUGGCGUGCGGCGGAAUCUACCUCACGCUGCACGUGUCCGUGGGUCUGGACCAGGAGCUCUCCAUGCCCAAGGACUCCUACCUGCUCGAGUACUUCGCAGCCAUGAACCAGUACCUGGAGGUGGGCGUCCCCACCUACUUCGUCACCACCGGUGGGUACAACUUCUCCUCCACCAACGGCACCAACGCCAUCUGCUCCAGCUCCGGCUGUGAUCCCGACUCGCUCACCCAGACCAUCCAGUAUGCCACACGCUUCCCCAACGUGUCCUACCUGGCCAUCCCGGCCACCUCCUGGGUGGACGAUUUCCUCGACUGGCUCAAUCCCACCGGGCGCUGCUGCCGCAUCCACCGGUUUGGUGAACUCGCUGGGGAGUUCUGUCCUUCCACCAGCGAUGACAUCAGCUGCACGGGGGGACAGUGCCUGGACUCCCAGCGGCGCCCGACACCCGAGGAGUUCGACCAGUUCCUGCCCUGGUUCCUGUACGAUCGGCCCACCCUGCAGUGCGCCAAGGGGGGUCUGGGUGCCUACGACACCGCGGUCAGCAUGGACGCCAACGGCACCAUCCUGGCCAGCCGGUUCAUGGCGUACCAGCGCCCGCUGCACACCUCGCAGGAGUACACGGGGGCCCUGCGUGCCGCCCGCGCCCUGGCCGAGGAGAUCACCCAGACCCUGCGCAGGGUGCCUGGCACCCCCCCAGAAUUCACCGUGUUCCCCUACACGGUGACCUACGUGUACUAUGAGCAGUACCUGACGGUGGCGGCCGAGGGGGCUUCGACGUUGGCGCUGUGCCUGAUCCCCACCUUCGCCGUGUCCUUCCUGCUGCUGGGCAUGGACCUGCGCUCCAGCGCCGCCACCAUCAUCACCAUCAUGAUGAUCCUGCUGGACACCGUGGGCGCCAUGAACCUCUGGGACAUCCCCUACAAUGCAGUGUCCCUCAUCAACCUGGUGGCGGCCGUGGGCAUCUCGGUGGAGUUCGUGUCCCACAUCACCUGCGCCUUCGCCCACAGCACCCAGCCCGGGCGCGUGGCGCGAGCCGCCGAGGCCACCGUCAACAUGGGCAGCAAGGUGGUGUCUGGGGUGGCCAUGACCAACCUCCCCGGCGUGGCCGUGUUGGCCUUCGCCAAGGCCCAGCUCAUCCAGAUCUUCUUCUUCCGCCUCAACCUCAUCAUCACCCUGGUGGGCCUGGCCCAUGGCCUCAUCUUCCUCCCCGUCCUCCUCAGCUACAUCGGACCUGGACUGCGGGCGCCAUCGGGGGACACGUCAGGGGAAAAGGGACUGGAGCCGGUGGGGCAGGACAUGGGGCUGGCCCUUGGCAACCCCUGCUUCGAGGACAAGGACCAGGGCAGGGACAAGGACAAAGCCACGAUCCCUCAGAAGAGCUGAGCCCUGCCACCCCUCACUGUCCCAUCCUGCUGCUGCUUUUUCUACUGCUGUUGUAUUUAAACUGGUUUUCUGAAGAGUCAGGACUGGUUUUGAUUGGGAUGAGCUCUGGGGGGGAAGCAGCACCUUAUAGAGAAGCUGCAUCUGCGCUCUGGAGCAUCACGGGGUCCACACAGGGACGGGGACAU